UCACAUUCGAUACGUGUUCUAUGAAUUGUUGAAACGGCCAAGAUAGAAAACGCGCGUGAUUAAAUCCAAAUAGCACGUUGCUCGAAUUUCUCUGUUUAUUAAUUUAACUUUUCUAAACGUAUCACCGAAUUAUCUGAAUCAUGAAGUAUAUUCUAGUAACUGGAGGAGUGAUUUCCGGCAUUGGCAAAGGUGUUGUAUCGAGUUCAGUUGGAACAUUGUUAAAAAGUAUGGGAUUUAUUGUGACAGCCAUCAAAAUCGAUCCCUAUAUCAACAUUGAUGCUUCACUAUUUUCUCCAUAUGAACAUGGCGAAGUUUUUGUCUUAGACGAUGGUGGCGAAGUAGAUUUAGAUCUUGGCAAUUAUGAACGAUUCUUGGACAUAAAACUUCAUCGUGAUAACAAUAUAACGACAGGAAAAAUUUAUCAGAAUGUAAUUGAAAAAGAACGUCGUGGUGAUUAUCUGGGUAAAACUGUGCAAAUCAUUCCACAUGUUACAAAUGAAAUUCAAGAAUGGAUUGAACGUGUAGCGAAAUUACCCGUAACAGAGCCAUUAGCUGUUUGUGAUGAUCGUCAUAAUGAUGUGGUUGAUGAAUCUUCGGGGCAAGUGCCUGAUAUAUGUGUUAUUGAAUUGGGUGGAACUAUUGGCGAUAUUGAAGGAAUGCCAUUUGUCGAAGCCUUUCGACAAUUUGCCAGAAAAAAGGGCCCGGAAAACUUUUGUUGUGUGCAUGUAAGUUUAGUCCCAAAACCAAAAUCGACCGGCGAACACAAAACAAAACCAACACAAGUGUCUGUGAAAGAACUUCGUGCCCUUGGUUUGUCUCCUGAUCUGAUUGUUGCCAGAAGUGAAGAACCAAUUAACGAAUCGGUAAAGGAAAAAAUCUCUAAUUAUUGUCAUGUCGAUCCAGAUCAAGUCAUUUGUCUUAGUGAUCAAGCAUCGAUUUAUCGAGUGCCUUUAGUAUUGGUCCAACAGGGUCUAAUAGAUUAUUUUUGCAAAAAAUUCAAAUUAACCCUAAAGCUGGAUCCGUCAACAAAAUUCUUGCAUAAAUGGCGUCGUCUUGCUGAACGUCAUGAUCGUCUUUUGAAAACGGUAUCGAUAGCGUUGGUCGGCAAAUAUACGAAACUGGAAGAUUCCUAUGCUUCUGUUGUCAAAGCUUUAAAUCAUGCAUCAUUGGCCAUCAAUCGGCGGUUACAAAUCUUUUAUAUCGAAGGAUCAUCAUUAGAAGAAACGACCAAGCAGCAAAACCCAUCCGAGUAUUAUGAAGCAUGGCAACAGCUUUGCAAAGCCGAUGGAUUAUUAGUGCCUGGAGGUUUUGGUGAUCGUGGUAUCGAGGGAAAAAUUCUUGCCAUCGAGCAUGCACGACGGAAAAAACAACCAUUUUUGGGUGUUUGCCUUGGGUUUCAAUGUGCUGUGGUUGAAUUUUGUCGUAACGAGCUUGAAAUUAAAGAUGCGGAAUCCCAAGAACAAAAUCCUGAUGCUAAAGAAAAAGUAGUGAUAGAAAUGCCCGAACAUAACGGUGGAAAUCUUGGUGGUACUAUGCGCGUUGGUCGACGAGAAACCAUUUUUGUUAAUAAGGAUUCUAUUCUUUAUCGACUUUAUAAUCCAAAAAAUAAUCGUGUAUUCGAACGACAUCGUCAUCGGUAUGAAGUAAAUAUCGAUAUGGUUGAUCAGUUGGAAAAAGCUGGAAUGAUAUUUGUCGGGAAAGACACAACCAUGCAACGUAUGGAAAUCAUGGAAUUACGUGAUCAUCCUUAUUUUGUUGGUGUACAAUUUCAUCCUGAAUAUACUUCUCGUCCAUUAAAACCAUCAGUUCCAUACCUGGGUUUGUUGCUUGCUUCAGCACAAAAACUUGAAUCAUAUCUGGCCCAGAAAGAAGUUCCAAAUUUAAAUAGUGAUACUGAUGUUUCUGAUAGUGAUUCUACUGAUAAUUCAAUUGUUGUCGUUGAAUCUAAGUGAAUUAUUUCCUUUUAUUUUAUUUUAUAUUUAGCCUUAUAAUAAUUAUUAGAAUUCAUGUUUAA